GGGCACCACACGAAGCCGGAGCCCCCGCCGAGCCGGGCCGGGCCCCAGGGAGCCCUUCACGGCCGCUGAGGGAGGUGGCGGAGCAGCGGAGGCCGCUCCCCGCCCGCUCCUUCCCGUUCCGGUGCCCUUGAGGGGGGAGACGCAAGAUGGCGGCGGCGGCGCUGCUGCGGGCCGGGCUGGGGGGGGGCCGCGGAGCGCGGACGGCUCUCCUCACCAGGAGCCUCCUCCUCCUCCGCCGCCGCCCGGGGGUGCUGCCGGCACUCGCCUCAGCCGCUCCGAUCCGGGGGAGCCACGGGCAGCAGGGUCACGGCGGCUCCAAGGCUGCGUCCUUGCACUGGACAAGCGAGCGAGCUGUCAGUGUCCUCUUGCUGGGCCUCCUCCCCGCAGCCUACCUAUGCCCUGGACCGGCCGUGGACUACUCCCUGGCUGCAGCCCUCACUCUCCACGGCCACUGGGGUCUUGGACAGGUUAUAACUGACUACGUCCAUGGAGAGACACCCAUUAAAGUGGCCAAUACAGGUCUGUACAUUCUGUCGGCCGUGACCUUCGCUGGCCUCUGCUACUUUAACUAUAACGACGUCGGUAUCUGCAAGGCUGUUGCCAUGCUGUGGAGCCUCUGAGGUGCGACAAGACUCUGACAAACACAAUUGUUCAUUGCUGCCUUCGCUUUACCAUAUUUUUACUGAUGUGUUUGAGAUGAGAAAUGAAUAACCAAGAGUCUGUAGUAUGUAAAUUCUGCAGCCACUUCAUCAUUUUUUUUGAUUUAUUGCAAGAGCAUUAAAAAUCUUAGAAAGGAAGUAGAAGAUACAAAGUGGAUAAUGUCCAGGUGAGAGUGAGUAGAUUAAAGCUGCACUGCAAAUUUGGAGUAAUUAAGUAUAUCAAAGAUGGAAAGUAUAGCUGAAGAUAACUUUCAUUAUAAUGGCAGCUUUCCAUGACUGGUUUUCUAAAAUAGUCUCCUGCUUUGUAAAGCAAACUUGGUGAAAAUUGAACUGUUAUUUCUGACAUCACAACUGAACUGUAUGUAAGGCACUCCCUGUCAUUCUUUUGAUCCUGAGAGUUGAGGUAGAAAAGGAAAUACUUUUUUCUUAAUCCAUACAAUAAAGAAUUUACAGAAAUUGCA